GUGGACUACCUGUGUCAUACGCCACCAUGCGAGUAAUAGAAGACAGAGGUGUUGUGGGAUCUGUAAAGGAAGUGUAUUUGUGAAACAGCUCCGGUGCGUUCAGCAGCAAAAUAACUGUCGGAAUGAGGGACUGAGGGGAGACGUAUCCUAUGCACUCCAGCAACAGAUGACAAUGUUGAGACUCACUGUGAGCAGGUGGACAACUGGAUGACCGAACAACCUGGAGUAUUACCUGCCCAAAACAGUGGGCCACGUAAUCAGAUGUGUCAAACAGAGACAGUCUGACAGAGCACUGCAACUUCCUUGGAACGCUAGAGCAAUGUAGCUGGAAGUCACACCAAAACAAACCAUUUCUUAUGACAGCACCCCCUGAACUGCCUCUCAGUGACAGCUGGGGUUUGAGCAGGUAAAUGAGUGAGAAAAUGGCUCAAACUCCAGAGGCUCUCAACCUCUCCUUUCUCCUGGAAAACGAGAGGGAGAUGAUCCUGACCGUUCUGCAAAAGGACGAGAAACUGCGUAAACUUGAGGAUAAAAGGAUAAGGAAGCUGAAGAAUGAGCUGCUGGACAUGAGAAGUAAGGGCCUACGCCACCCCCGAGAGCCGGGAGACCGCCUGUGCCCGCACUGCCAGAGGACCCUGGGCUUGAUAUUUAACCGUGGUGAGCCAUGUGAUGACUGCAACCAGCGCGUCUGCUGCCAAUGCCGCGUCUCACUAGCGCGAGGCCAUUGGAGAUGCAUCGUCUGUGCCAAAAUCCUGGAGCUAAAGGUGGUCACAGGCGAGUGGUUUAUGGAGGAGCGGUCAAAACGGUUCUCCCAGGAAAGCAAGCCCAGCAGCGACAUAGUCAAGCAGAUCAUCCUCACCAACCCUCCAGGUGACAGCAGCACUGAACAUGACAAGCCACAGUCCAAUGAGAAAGGUCCGGAAAGGUUUGUCGUGCCCAAGGUGGGCAGGAGCGCCCUCCAAAAUGUGCUGGCUGGGGCCCGGCGAAAAGGGAUGCGUUUGGACAAGAAGAACAAUCGACCAGCUCAAAAGGGAGAGAAUGGGCUGGACCACAGGCCUGAGGAUCCCAGGGGCCUGGUUCCAACUCCUGAGCCCGAUGCGCGAAGCAUCUGCAGUGGCCGGUCCACUCCUCACUUCCACAGGGGAAGUGCAAUGGCUUUGGAGUCCUCAGGGUCACCCACAAUACCCAACAACCUACGCUCUCAAACCAUCGGGAGAUCCCCCACCCCCACGCCCAGCAACCUGAGUGCAGGCUCCAAGGACAGCCGGAGACCGGACGGUGCAGAGAGCGUGGCGAGUUUCCACAGCAGUGAGAGCGUCCCUGAGAAGAUGGCUGCUGGAAAUCAUGGCAGGGACUCCAGCCCACCCACCAUUGCUGUGUCCAAAGCAUCUUUAUCGUCAGACCGCAGUCGGUCAGAGAUGGACCUGAGCACUUCUGAGAAUGAGGGCAACGACGACAUGCUGAGCGUGAGGUCACGGUCCGUUCCAGGGGAGCUGAAUGACCCAGAAUUAUUUGAUGACGACAGGGAUGAAGACAUUGAUGCCGUUAUGUCAGCACAUGUCUUGGCCAUGGACAGAAAUGUGACCAGUGCACUGUCAAUGUCCUCACCAGCUGGCUCAGAGAGAAAGUGGGGCUAUCUCAAUGUUCCCGACUCGGAUGCUGAGACUAGUAGUCUGAACAGCAUGAUGAGUGUGUACAGUGAGAUGGGCGAUUACGGUUAUGCCAGCGUCAGUGGGGAGAUCCUGCUCAACAUCUCCUACAGCUACAAGACCGGCGCCCUCAAUGUCGUGGUAAAGGAGUGCCGGAACCUGGCCAUAGGAGAUGAGAAGAGGCAGCGUACUGACCCCUAUGUCAAGGCAUACCUCCUACCUGACAAAUCUCGCCAGUGCAAGCGGAAAACCACUAUCAAGACAAACACUACUAACCCUGUGUUCAACGAGACCCUGAAGUACGUAAUGAGCCACUCUCAGCUGGAGACUCGAACCCUCCAGCUGUCCGUGUGGCACAACGACCGCUUUGGCCACAACAGCUUCCUGGGGGAGGUGGAGGUUGCCUUCGACUCCUGGGAGUUUGAGAAGCAGUCAGAAGAGUGGUUCUCACUGCAGCCAAAGGUGGAGAGCAGCAUGGACUCCAUGCUGCAGUACAAAGGGGAGCUGACUGUGGUGCUCAAAUAUAUCCCGGCUGAGAAGAACCUCAUGUUGCCUCUAGACCAAGUGCAAGCAAAGAAAGGAUUUCUGAAGAGUAAGAAGUCCAGCAUCAAAUUGCCAAAAGGAGGCAUGGUGGAGCUGCUUAUCAAAAAAGCUGAGAAUCUGACAGCGGUCAAGUCGACAGGGACAUCGGAUCCUUUUGUUAAAGGGUACCUCCUCCCUGACAACAAUAAGUCCACAAAGCACAAGACCGACGUGGUGAAGAAGAGUGUGAACCCACAGUGGAACCACACCUUCACCUACUGUGGCCUGCAGCCCCAGGACCUCCACAAUGUGUGCCUGGAGCUCACGAUUUGGGACAAGGAGCCCCUCUCCAGCAACGUCUUCCUAGGGGGGGUGCGGCUCGGAGCAGGGACCGGUCAGAGCUAUGGGAACGAAGUUGAUUGGAUGGAUUCCCAAGGGGAGGAGCAGCGGUUAUGGCAACGCAUGAUGGACAACCCAGAGGUCCCUCAGGAGUGUACCCUCAUGUUGAGGUCCAGCAUGGGCAAACGCAGCACAUGAGAGAUGCUGAUCCAUGAACCUCCCAUUCCACUACCUGUGACGACAACCGCGUCCCCAAACUCAGGCAUGAUCUGGCCUUGAUGCAGCUCUGUCCUGUCAAGGUCUUUUCUGGAAAACUUAAUUAGCCGUAACCCAUCUUACACAAGCCCCAUCUAUCCUGUAUGCCCUCUACACUCUAAUGUGGGUGGCCUGUAGCGUAGUGGUUAAGGUAAAUGACUGGGACACGCAAGGUCAGUGGUUCUAAUCCCAGUCUAGCCACAAUAAGAUCCGCACAGCCGUUGGGCCCUUGAGCAAGGCCCUUAACCCUGCAUUGCUCCAGGGGAGGAUUGUCUCCUGCUUAGUCUAAUCAACUGUACGUCGCUCUGGAUAAGAGCGUCUGCCAAAUGCCAAUAAUGUAAUGUGAUGCUGUGUACCCUGGUUUUUAUUCCAACCGCAACAGCAGGUGUGAAUUAGAUACAUCUAUAGUUCAAAAUCGCAGAAAUAGCAAUGCAUGCCAUGAUACAUAAAUGUCCCCAUAUUCACAUCUACAUUGAAACAAAUUGUUUCAUUUUUUGUUAUGUAAUCAUUCCUUUAUGAAGAGGAUACAUUUUUUAAAUUCAUUCAAUUCUAGAGUGACAGUAGAUUAUAGGUAAAAAUAGUGGGGUCUUCAUUAAUGGAAGUGUCGACAACUGGUCACUGAAUUAUAAUUUUCAAAAAAGAUGAGUUCAAAAACAAAGAAAACUGCAACAAGCAACCUAUACUGUGUUUUAAGAAGUUGAUGAAAAAACUAUGAAAAAACCCCAAAUAUUGCAUGCCACUGAGCUUCAAGACUUUAUUUUCCACUGAAGACCUAGCGCUGCAACUCUAAAGAGAUAUGACUGACGCAUCAUGUAGGAUUUCACUUUAUGCACUAUGUGUAGCCUGCAGAUUGGAUAGCAGUAAGUAGAUGCUGCAUGCUGCCACAUGGUCAUAACAUGGUGGUCAUAACGUUUCCUCGGCUGCAGAAUGUAUGUGUGUUCAACAAGGAAAAUAUUCACAGAGAGCCACAAUUCCUUGUUAAAUAAUUUAAAAUGUAUUCAAAGGUCAUUUUGUUUUUUUCCAAUGUCGAUGGAUGCUGCAGCAAUGACAGCCAUUUUCACCAUGUAGUUACACCAUGUAGUUACUCCAUGUAGUUACACCAUGUAGUUACUCCAUGUAGUUACACCAUUUAGUUACUCCAUGUAGUUACUCCAUGUAGUUACACCAUGUAGUUACUCCAUGUAGUUACUCCCAAAUCUUUUUGUGAAAGUUUAAAUUAAUUCUAACAGCCAAAUGAUUGUCAGCAAACUUGAUCUUUUUUCAAUUUCCCCUUUAAUACUGCGCUUUAGUUUGUCAGAUUGUUAGCUAACGUUGGCUAACAUUAGCAAAUUAGUUUUAAUUUCUUCAGUACCGUUAGCUAACAUUUGUGUGUGUGUGUUCUGCAUUAAUUGUUAUGAAUGUUACAAUGUAUACCAAUAUGCUCAUUUUUUAUUUGCAACAUGUUGAAAGACAUCCUUUUUGUAAUAAGAAAUUUUGUUAGAUAGUUACUUAGUUUAAGUAUACAUUUCUCCAAUAAGGAGCAUUUAUAUUUUUAUAAUGAAGCUGGAUAUUUCAUAGGCUAUUGUAUAUACUAUGUGGCUCUGGGAACUAAAUAUGUGACUGUGAUAGAGAGGGACACAUCACUGUAUAAAUGUCUCAGGUGUCAACAAGCACAUGCAGUAGGAUGAUCUAUGAGGAGGAUGUCAGAUCACAGCCAGAAAAUGUACAGUGCCCCCUAUUGGUCAACCUGUGUAUCAUAGAUCUGCACUGCUCUUGCUAAAUAAAGACCUUUCAAAAAAUGUUACAUACUCUAAGACGUUACAUUUGCUCAUACAAAAGUCAAGGGGAUGACGAGUGAUUCCGAUAAAAAACAUUUCUUUGCCAAACGCACCGUAAAUGAAUGAGCUAUGGUUGGGUUCAGAGAUGGGUGAAAUUGGCAUCACUCACUUAUCAAUGGCUGGCCAUUGUGGUCUGCAGAACAGCUGUGGCCAACUGGACUCAAACACAGUGGUGGUAUGAUGUUGGGCCCUCAGUGUGUACAUUGUGUUUAGUUUUAGUAGGAAAAUAAUAUAAUAAAAAGUCACAGAAGGAGAAAUGUGCUGAGCUGUGCUAUCAUGCGACAGAGGCCCCAGAUCCCCCACAACCAGCAGGGGAGACCACUCCUUCCACUCAAGUCACAUAAACCAACCUGGAUUCAGUUAGUGUCAUGAUUUUAGAACCGCAAAGGUAAAGAGUUAUGACUGGAGUAAUGCCCUUUUUUUAUGCAGGUGGACCAACAACUGGCACCAAAUGGUGAUCCAAUAGGUGUUUGCUUGCUGGGUUAGUGAAAAAAAGCACAUAGAUCAGAAACAAUGACAUCAGUUUUGCAAGUUUUUACUUUCUUAAUUUUACUUUAACUUAAUUAAAUUUCAGUAAUCACAACUCACAAUGCCAUUUCUCUAAACUAUCCAGUUGCUUUUAAGAAUGUUUCUUUUUUUUGCACUGACCUUUUGCUAGUUUGAAAUGCUGGAUCCUUUUAUCAAUGUUGUGCUUCCUAAGGCUAUAAUAAGAAGCUAAUAAGAAAGAACUUAAUGUACUUCAAACAUUGUGUGUUUACAAAUUGCAUUGAAGCAAAGAGAUUUAAUAGGAGGGUUUACAGCAGGAACUGAUUAUUUGUGUCAUCCUACUUUUGUGAAUUUUACUUUCAAAUGUCACAUUAGCAUUUCUCAGCCUUUAUUUUAUAACUUUGGGCUUUUGGGUCCAUUAUGUUGUCCAACUUUUCAAAUGUCUUAUGUGCAAUUUCACCUCUCCAAAAAGAUGCACCUUUUAACAUCAUGAAAUGGCUCUGUUAAGUGCUUUGAGUUGAAACCAGGAGUCAGUUAUCAUAAAAUUAACAUAAUGUCAAUUGUGUUCUACAAAGUUUUUGUAAUCAGAAUAUUCUUAGAAAAAAUGUAACAGAAUAAACUGCACAUAUUGUACCUCAGAGCAUCAGCUUAUGUUGUGUUUGUCUUGUGAUGCUGUUUGAUUUCUGCUUUAUAUACAGAAAUAUAUUAUAAAUGCAAUUGAAAAGUAUAAAUAUUCACCUGUCAAGGUUUUUUUUUAACAAAAUGAUAAUAAAUUAUUUCAUUAUUCAAA